UCCCCAUGGCUAUUGGAUUGUUGGAAUUUGGAUCUGAUACACUUAAAAAAGUUCUUAGAAUUAUUGAAAGUUACAUUCUUUUGGUACCUGAAAUGAUUGUACAGUCAUAUGCAAUUCCUAUUAUGAGCGCAUUUACUCAAUUAUUGGGAGAUUUAAAACCCGAAGCAUGUCGUGCUAUCAUUCAUGUUAUUGAUAUUACUUUGCAAGCUUGUCCUUUUGAGUUAUUAAAAGAAUCAAUUAUUAACACGGGACUUCUUGUAAAACUGCUUAAUACCAUACUUUCGGUCAACGAGGAAAAUCCUUACGUCCUUGUAGGUUAUGUCUCAAUAUUAGCUAGGAUUAUCAUUAAUGACCUAGUAUUUUUUUUACAUUUCAUCACAAUUGCCAGUCAACAAUACAAUAUUCAACAACAAAAUUUAUUAGAGAAAGUCUUGGAAACAUGGUUAGAUAAGUUUGAUAAUAUUGGACAUCCUAAACAACGAAAAUUGAGUGCGAUGGCUUUCGCAACAUUAAUUGCUACAACAAAUCCGACUAUUCUAGGUUUAUUAGCUCAAUUUAUUGGGGUUUGGUGUGAUGUGUUGAGUGAAGUUAGAGAAUCCGGUGGUGGAGAUGCAUUAGUUUAUUGGCAAGAAGAAUACGUAGGGAAGAAUGAAACUGAUGAUAGCGAUGCAUCACCUGAAACUAAGCGCAAACGAGUUCUGUUACAACGGGACCCUAUUCAUACUACCAACCUAAUUCAAUUCAUUAAUUUAAAGAUUGGUGAAUGUGAAGCACUUAAUGGAGGAUCCGAAAUGUUUAGACAAAAUUAUUUAAGUCGAGUUGAUAAUACUUUAUUAGAUCAAUUAAAAGCAUUAAUGAAUAUUUAA